AGGGGCAGGCAAUGGUGAUCUGCUGUGCAGCGCCCAACUGCACCAACAGGCAGGGAAAGGGGACUAGAGGAGCCGUGUCAUUCCACAGAUUCCCACUGAAAGAUCCUACUCGUCUCUCACUAUGGACAGCGGCUUUACAACGUUGUAACUGGACCCCGGGCCCUUACUCUUUCUUGUGUAGUGAGCACUUCAGCCCUGACAGCUUUGUCCCACGUAUGCCUGACCAGCAUCCUUUGCUUAUACCCAGUGCUGUGCCAUCGAUCUUUCACAGAAUUAAAGAAAACAGAAAGAGAUUUUCUACAGAUUUGUGUGCUCCAGGAGUGGUGAGCAAAAAGACAGUAAUAAAAAAAAGGCACAAUCUUCAGGAGGGCAUAUCAUGUAAAGAAGUUCUGACUGAAAACAAAUGUCACACGAGUAUCAUUAUUAGUGAUGAGUUCAAACACUCUAGUUGCCUCUCUGUAUCAGGAGCAUCAUCUAACAACCAUGAAGCCUGCAAGUUUAUUUCUUCACUGCACUCUUACAGUAGUUCAUCUAAGGCCUCAGUAGUGUUUGCUUCCCAGAGACAACCAGCCCCUGAUGUGCUACCUACUGUGGUAGAUGUGAGAACAGAAAACACCUCUAAUUCAAUUUUAAGCACUGAAGCAAACUUUGAUGACUUCCACUCUCUUGUAGAUGUUACUGAGGACAUCCAAUGUCAUGUUGAGGUCAGUGAUGGGAACUUGUCUGGUACAAAGUUAAUGGGACCUCCUCCCUAUUACUUAACAGGUUAUUAUGAAAGCUCAGAUGUAUCUCCAGAAGUUAAACAAACUGGCAAUAUCUCAGAAACAGUUGACUUUCCUACACUAGUCGAAGGGACUGAUUUAUUCCUUCCACAAACUAUUGAUUCUUUGCAUUCAUACUGCUCACAACCCCAAAAACUAACAUCAGGCAGAAGACAAGUGCUUAGAAAAAAGGUUCUGUCAACGGACAUGAGUGCUGAAGGCCCUUCUUGGAACUCACAGAUCCCAGCACAAGAUUCUCCUCCUUUGCACCCUGCUGUUGUCCCUCUCUCUUGGAUGUUGGGUACCUGGUUGUCUGAACCCACAGGCUCAGGGGAGUUUCCAACUAUCGCACCAUUUCGCUACAUCGAGGAAGCAUCUAUAACACAUGUAGGGCAGCCUAUGCUGAAUUUCAUGUUCUGUGCCUCUAACCCUGAGACAGGAAAACCGUUACACAGAGAGUGUGGAUUCAUCAGAGUCAAACCUGGCAGCAACCAUGUGGCAUUUAUCAGUGCUCAAAAUACAGGUGUUGUAGAGGUGGAGGAGGGAGAAGUGCAAGGACAGGAACUCAGUCUGACAUCGCACUCGCUCAGCCGUAUCAGCUUUGCCAAAGAACCUCAUGUGCAGCAGAUUACCCGUAACUUCCGUUUAACCCCAGAGGGCAAGCUAGAGCAGACUGUCACCAUGGCAACCAGCUCACAACCACUGGCUCCACACCUGCAUGUCACAUACAGGAGAGUGGCACCAUAAAUCUAACUGAAAAGAUACCCGAAAUAUUCAUAUGGCCUUAUUAAAUUCUUAACUCUUCUGGCAUGUCCUAAUAAAAAGUUUAUUUUUUCAGGAA